CAAGUCCUUAUAUUGAUGAGAAAAUACAAACUAUUUCUCAAGGCAGAAAAGUGCAAAUUCAAGAUGCUGAAAACAGAGUACUUGGACAUUAUCAUCAGCAAAGAGAGCAUCUGCAUAGAUCUGAUCAAGAUUCAGAGCAUAAUGGAGUGGCUAACUCCUAUAAAGAAGGACAGUGAAUCAUUUUUGGAUUUCACUAACUUCUAUCAGCAUCUUAUUAAAGACUAUAGUCAGAUCAUAUAA